AAAUUUUUUCUCGAUCAGAAGGUUAACAAAAAUUGUCUAAUUAAACUUUGGUAAAAUGUGUGAGAACUUUUGCGAUAGUCUGAAGGGUGCAAACUUCGAGGAGGAGUAUGCGAAGUUUUUUAAAAACAAAUCCACUGUGAAUCGCAGAGCUCAAUAUGAUAAAUUCACUGUUGAAGGAUGUGCUAAAGAUUGCAUUUACUACGCCAACUAUGGUAUUGAUAAGGAGCAGUACGCAGAUCCUUUGUACCGUACCAGUAACAGUGAAUAUGGUUACUUUCCACCAAAUCAUUUUACCGUUCCUUAUAGUCAUUUUCCAUUGUCGCAGAAAUUUACCAACUUUGCUAGUCGCUUUGGAAUGUAUCGCAACUUUUCUCUCAACACUAAUCCUGAUCGUAACUACUACUGAUGCUUAAUCUAUGUAGCGACCCUCUGAGAGUUCAAAUUUUGAAUUGAGUAUUGAUGGGUUACUUGCUGUAAAUACAUAUAUAUUUUGUUUUA